AAACCUUGACGGACGUUUGAUCGGAAACGGGCUUCUCAAUUGGAUGAUUCGAUCGUUUAUUGGGUUCCAGAAAAGUUGUAUAUGUUGAUUAGAAAUGGAGGCACUCCUUGUAAAGCAUCUCGUUCCUUCCACUCAUGCUAAUCCUUUUGCAAGGAGACGUUUUGGAAAUUGUACAUCAGAAGACUCAAAAUUGCUCCACAUUUUGCCAGUACAAUGGGGAGUCAACAAGCAUAUGCAUUUUUCUCAUUUCACUACACGAUCAAAACAAGCUCCAGUUCAAGAUUUUCAGGAUUUUGCAAAUCCUUCUCGUCUUUUACAAACAACCACGGUAAAAUUGCAGACUAAAUAUGUUCCUGAAGACAUACUUUCUUCCCUGGAGUUGGACAUGUCUAGUUCUUACUACAUGGUUGAGCUGUGCACAAGUAAGGAUUUUGGCUCUUGUUUGAGGGACGUAAAUGCCGCCAUACUGCUUUGCUUGAUCGAUGUAAAUGGUGAUGCAUUACUACAGAGGCUAUCUGCAGUUACGUUAGACCGCUCUAUGCAAGGGAAGGACAUGGAUUCCAAUGAAUCUGUUCACUUUCAAAGAGGUUCAGUUGAUAUUGUCACCUUCAAGGGCUCCAAGUUAGGAAAAAUUGAAGCAUUUUGGAUUGGUCUUGAAUCAGGUUCUUGGAGGCUUGAUGGUGUAAGCUUGACAGUGAUCAGUGGGCCAGUAUAUUUAUCUCCAUUUACUGAAAGUGGAGAUGAAAGUCAGUUUGAUUGUGUGCAAUAUAAAUUUGAAGCAAAUAAUCUACUUCUUGGAGAAGGGGGGAUAUCCAUUGUUGAGCUUAGGCCAUUCUGUAGUACCGAGUUAUCUAGGAUUUCUUUUACAACCUCACUAAAUAUGCAGUCGUUGUCACAAACCCUAUUGCUGAAUAAACAAACAACAAAGGAGGAUAGCAUGAGGGAGUAUGCAGAUCUUAAGUUCUCAUUGCUAGUUUAUGACCUCAUUCUUAUUUCAAGUGGUUCAUCGAUUUUAAAUUUCUCUUUCAAUGAGAAAGCUGCUUAUGCAUUCUUAGCUGGUGGAAUUGGUGGAUUCUUGUACCUUUUGCUGUUGCAAAGGUCGGUCGAUGGAUUGUCUGCACCAGGAAAUCAGUCUGAGAAUGGUGAGAACUUCUUGCAGGCCUCUGGAGGUUUUAAGAGGCAAUGGUUAACUUUGGCAUUGGUCAUCGCCCUUGGUUCCACUGUAUUGAAGUAUCGGAUAGGAGGAACAACCAUAGCAUUGUCACCAACUGAGCUCUUCAUUGGGGUUGCAGGCUUUCUUACAAGUAAGAUAGCUGUGGUUCUGGCAGCAUUUAGACCUUUUGAAAGGAAUUCAAAGAACAAGUAACAGACAAAUGGGAGCUGGUCGAUUUGCAACUCUAUUCAGCAUUACAGGCCCCACAUCUACACCAAGAUUGAUACCAAGUACAAAGUAUAUGACUAAUUAAACCCAGUUGGAGUGGGUUUUAUUGUUUAGGAAGAUCCGCACAUGCAGAUGACGACACAUCAUGGAGAGGAAGGCUUGUGCGAUGAUGAAGGUGAGGAGCUUACUACAAAAGCAUAGCCGUUGCUUUCCUC